AUGGCCUCACAAACUCCCAAGACACCAUCAUCUGGCGUCUCAGAGAACACUCAGAGAACACCACACCCCGCGGUCUCUGGGCGUCAAAUUGGUGUCGCCACUAUUCCCUAUGAUCGCCCCGUGGCCCUUAUGACCUCGGGCGCCCCGCUGCUGAAUCCGCGCAGUUGCGUUACCUGUCGCAGGCGUCGAGUCCGAUGUGACAAGACGAUGCCAUGCAGUAACUGUCGCCGGGCUCAAAGCGAUUGUAUGUACCCUGCGCCAGGCCGCGCGCCAAGGCAGAUGCAGACGCACAUUCAGACACAUCAUGCGCCAGCUCCAGGACAUAGUGAGCGUGAGAUGGAUCUAAUGGAACGCCUGCGAAAACUCGAGGGGCUCGUCUAUGAAAUGAGUGGUCAAGGAACUACGAGCGAAAACGACUUAGAAGCAAGCACAAACGAGUUACCAAAGCCUCGAGGUACCACCAAUGGCGCACAAAGCAUAGUUGAAGCGACUCAAGAAAAAGUCCAUAAAGAUACUCAGAAUCUCUGUUUCUCACAGGUCAACAAGCAACUCGGCCGCCUAGUGCUUCACGAUGGAGACUCAACACCCAGAUACGUCCACAGUGGCUUUUUUGUCAAACUCAACGAUGAGCUUUCUGAAAUUCGUAAUGAAAUGGAGAUAUUGAGUUCCCAGGAUGAGGAAGAUGAAUUUCAGGACGAUACAACCCCUGAGCAAUCGCCUCCUCAAAACUCCGGACUUGAGAACGACCAUCACAGCUUUAUUUUUGGUUACAACUCUUCUGAUAUUGAUCUUCGGAGUCUUCAUCCGCUCCCCGCUCAGGGCUCUUUCCUGUGGCAGAUCUUCCUAGAGAACAUUGAACCUCUCGUCAAGGUCCUACACAUUCCUACUAUGAGCAAACUCAUGGCGCAAGUCAGACGUGGGGAGCAUGAUCUCCGUCCUGGUGAUGAGGCACUCGUUUUCACCAUAUAUUAUGCGGCUGUAGUUUCCUCGGAGAAACAAGAAAUCGAAACCAAUCUUGGUGGUUCUCAAUCUCACUUCAUCUCUCAAUUCCGCUUUGCACUUGAACAAGCCUUAGCCAAAUCUAACCUUCUCAAUACUACCAGCAUGGCCGUGUUGCAAGCCUUUGUCAUCUACCUAACCGUAGUCAAGUGCCAUGAUGACAGUAAGUUCUGCUGGACACUUACAAGCCUCUGCGUCCGAAUGGCUCAAGCGCUCGGCCUCUAUCGCGACGGCCAACAAUUAGGCCUACCGCCAUUCGAGGUCGAGAUGCGUCGUCGUCUCUGGUGGGCAAUCGUCGCGCUUGAUAUCCGCUCAGCCGAAGAGAUGGGCUCCGAUCUUAUCAUAAGCGACAAGACCUACGACACUCAGCUUCCUUCCAAUAUUAACGACACUGAUAUUGAUCCGUCUUUUAUCGAAAUGCCUACUCCACGCCAAGGUCGUACGGACUCGUCCAUAUGUCUAACACGAUAUGAGGGGACUGCUCUAGUCCGUGGACUGUUCGCAGCUGUGGCUCGUAUGCAACCUGUUGAUCCUAAAAACGUUGAGAAAAGCCUCGAAGAGCGUGAGCAUAUGCUUGUUGAAGUCUACGAGCGCAUGGAAGAUAAGUUUCUUAAGCAUACCAUCAGGGAAGACGAUCCCGUUUUCUGGGUUGCUUCUCUCAUUUCGAGGAUCAUGAUGGCCAAGGUCGGACUCCUCGUCUAUCAACCCGUUUUAUUUCCAGGAACUGGCCCCGAGGCAUCGAUGGAGAUCCGUGGUCGGUUGUGGCAGUCAUGUAUUGAGAUCGUUGAGUACACUCAUAUUCUUAAUGUCGACCCAGCCUGUAAGCAGUGGCGCUGGUUGUUUCUGACUUACCGACAAUGGCACGCCAUCGCCUAUAUGCUCCUUGAACUCUCCAAGCGACCAUGGGGCAUCAACUCAGAGCGUGCAUGGGAAGCAGCGCAGAUCUUGGAAUAUGACCACCCGAUCGAAGGCGCAAGUCACUCCGAUCACACAGCGGUAUGGAUGCCCCUCAAGAGGCUCUUUACUAAAGCCAAACGCCAUCGUGAAGCAGAACUUGUGCGCCUUCGCGCCAAUCCGGAGGCUGCCAGGCAACUUGAUCGAGAGGAUAAGCUAAAACCUGUGCUUGAACGCAUUGGUCCUGCUCCUGGGAUGGAGAAACGCCUUUCAGAGCUGAGACUCCGUUGGAGAAGAGCCUUUCGAUUGGGGGCCUUUUCUGAUGAUGUCCAAUAUCAGAAUAUUCUGCCGCACCCAAAGCAUAGCUCUACGUCCAGUGCACCUGCAAAUACUGUGCCUCCAAACUUACAGCAACCACCACCAGAUCCUACACAGUUGGUAAAUCCGCUUAGCUUUGAUCCCAAUACGUGGCAGCAUUUACAAGCCGGAAACCCCGGCAUAGAAAUCUAUUUCGAAGGAGGUAACUCAGACACACAGAACUUGGGUGGUCUGUACGCGGGUGGGAAUAGCUUGGGGAGCAUGUCGAGCAUCGCCUCACCCGCCGUGUCUGGAGUAGCCUCUACGCAUCUAGCCGAUAAUGACCAUCAAGCAAUUGGGGGCAAUCUUUCACCUUGGCCUAGCUCAGAUGUCUUCCAUCACGCACAAGACCCAGGUUCUUUGGGAGACAUGGAUAACAUUUUCCAAACCAACAAUCUACCAUCUACAGGCCUUGACUUGAACAUGGAUCCUGGCGAGAUUGACGAUAUCGAUUGGAAGAACUGGGACGAGGCACUCCGGAAUCUUAACAGGCCGGCUAUUGUCCAAGCAGGAGCCGCCGGACAAGGAAGCUGGGGAGGGAUGUGA